ACUUCAACGUUCACUCAAAAUACCUUUUUUAUCAAAGCAGAACAUGACGAGAGCGUGAAGCAGAGACAUCGACGAGCCGCUGCCUCUUCUCCCCGAUGUCGGUGUCUGAAGGGAGCGAGCGUGGCCAGCAGGAAGCCCCGUCAGGUAUUUCGGUCAAGAUCAACCCCGUCAGGAGGCUCUGCAGGAUGGAUUCGGGUGAGGCUGUGGCCAAAGGUGACGAAUCCCACGUCGAGAGCGUUGUGGCCUGUCCAUCGGUCCUUCGCCAGUUAAGUGGACAGUUACGUGCUCCUGCAAGAGGCGUGCGUGGGGGCGGGCGCGCCCUGCCAUCCCUAGCGACCAUCAGGAGCCGUCUAGUGUCACGCCCCUACUGGCGCCGGUGCCUCUGCUCUUCCACCGAAGUGCCAACCAUAAGCGAGAGGGAACUGGCAUCUCUUUUGGCCCUCACGCCGGCGCACCGAUUCAUAGUCCUGGUUGUCACAAAUACCAACGCUGACAGUCUUGGUUCCGUUGUGGUUGGCGGCGAGUCCUUAGUGCAGGCCGUCUACGCCACCCAGAACGUGGCAGGUCUUCGGCCAUGCCUACAGAGCCCUAGUGAACCGUCCCUCUCCUUCAUCAAGUACGACCUUGCCAGACCCAGGGGCAGGCGGAGAGACAAGAAGGUUUCCCCAACACAAAGCCUUCUCAACGCGGGUCACCUCAAAAUCGGCAUGGUCUUGAUCUAUCAGAAGACCCGGAUGCUCUACUCUGGCUUCCCCCUUGCAAGCUACGGCUGCAGGAUGCAAGACUUUCUGGGUUUCAUAUCCAAGCACACGCAGUAUAACUUCAAAUUAAGAGCAGGUUUUCCAGAUGCUCUUCUCUCCGCUCCCGCUGGGCAUACCGACCUCUCUGCAGCCGCCUCUUAGCACAAGGAAGAUGAAGACCCAUGCUAAUGAUUACUAUUAUUUUGUAUGACUUCCUUAUUUUCAUUAUCUUUGUUUUUUCCUUUUUUUAAGAACCCUUUGGUAAUCCCUCGGCCCUUACUUUCAUUAUCUUUGUCUCUCCUUUUGAAAACCCUUUGAUAAUUCUCCUUAUACGUGUAAUUUCCUUGCUAACAGCUCUUACUUCUCCCUUUGUUACGCAGCCCAACUCUUUCAGAUUUACAUAUUAUUUCGUUGUAUCCUGUGCGUACUAGUUAAAUUUGCGUUUAAUCGUUUCCAUGCGCUCCGUCAACCAAAGAUUUAUUUGCUGUAGAAGCAGCUGCUAUGAAUUUAAUCUCUAGAUAUAACUUAUCAUUAACUAUAUCAGUCCUGUUAUGCAUGUGUCGUACAAGUCGCUAUUUCCUUAUGGUACGUGUUUUCCUCUUUGAUACCCGGCGAUUCCUUGAAAUAAGGAUAACAUAUGGCGAACAUGUUGAUUCAUUUUACGUUAUCGUAAGCUCUCUUUAAAAAACUAUGUUCAGUCUUAUCUUGGCGAUAAAAGGUAAUCCUUCUCUCUCUCUCUCUCUCUCUCUCUCUCUCUUUUC